AUGAAAAUAAGUCGCCAAAUAAAUGGCAUCGAAAUGUACGAUAUAUUGGAUACGUUAGGUUCCGGUGGUUUUGGACAAAAGCAAAAUAUUUUGAAAGAAACGGAAAAGAUUAGUGUUAAACACACCGCAGAUUUCAAAGACAAUGUUAAUUAUAUGGCACCCGAAGGACAGACCACUGAUUACAACCAUUUAAUAGAUGUCUAUAGUCUGGCACUCAUUGGAGCGAAAAUAUUUGGUUUUGAUUCCAGAGAUAUCAGAGACGGAGUGUAUAUUUGAGUUUAAUUUUGAACAAAUUGACAAUGUUAAAUUAAAGAUUCAAUUGGUCCAAAUAUACACCUUAUUGUUAUCAAUGAGUGUUAGUAUAUAUACCGACACUGAUUGGAGACAAAGACCUGAAUGUGAUGUAAUUUUACAUACAUUAAAAC